CAGUGCAGGCUCACUUUGGGCUCUAAGCACUGCAGGAUCGGCUGCCGGGGUACUCUGGCUCACCUGCGUUCAUGGCUUCUCCUUGCAAAGCGGUAAUUGUUCCCGGGAACGGAGGCGUGGAUGUGGCGGCCCAUGGAUGGUAUUGCUGGGUGAAGAAGAGGCUGGAUCAGAUACCUGGUUUCCAGUGUUUGGCUAAAAACAUGCCUGACCCAAUUACAGCUCGAGAGAGCAUCUGGCUGCCCUUCAUGGAGACAGAGCUGCAUUGUGACGAGAGGACCAUCAUCAUAGGCCACAGUUCCGGGGCCAUCGCGGCCAUGAGGUAUGCAGAAACACAUCGAGUGUAUGCGAUUGUAUUAGUGUCUGCAUACACAUCAGACUUAGGGGAUGAAAAUGAGCGUGCAAGUGGCUACUUCAACCGCCCCUGGCAGUGGGAGAAGAUCAAAGCCAACUGCCCUCACAUUGUGCAGUUUGGCUCCACUGAUGAUCCUUUCCUGCCCUGGAAGGAACAACAAGAAGUGGCAGAUAGUCUGGAAGCCAAAUUUUACAAAUUCACUGACCGUGGCCACUUUCAGAACACAGAGUUUCCUGAACUGAUUGAUGUGGUAAAGUCUAUGCUGAAAGUAUCAGCACAAAAAGAAUGAUGUCUGCUAUUUUGCAUACCAGUAUAGUAGAGCAAUGAUCAGAUUAUAGGUAAUUCAUCAGAAAUGCCUAAAAAACAAACACAAGUUUCAGUGUUCAAACUAAGUUACAAAUAGCAUUUCCAUUUUCCAUAGAAUCUAUAUCUUUCCAAAUUGCUAUGAAUUAAAGCAGUAUUUUCCCUAUGAUAAGGGAUAUAAGGACAUGUUAACCAUCCAAAGUGAGUAAGACACAAAUGAAACCCAGGUUUCCUGAUUUCCAGCCCAUAUUAAAACGAAAUUAAUUAAAAGUAUGUUAUAA